AUGGCCAACAACAACGACGUAAUAAUAGCGCCUUUCGAGACCGAGCAAGAUUUUAGGCAAGGACAGCACUGUCUUUCCGAAGCCUUUGGUCAUCAGGCGAAAGAUGCUGUAUGGCGGCUGAUGACACCAGGCUGGGACACAGACGAGGGACAGAAGAAGCACGCCCAAACCUUGAUGAAGCGAUGGCAAUCCACUACCACCAACAAAGACGGACAACCCAACGCCAUCUAUCUCAAAGCCACUCUGCCUGAACCAGACAAGCAGGGCGAAAGACGAGUCGUUGGCAUGGCCAUCUGGAAGCAGUUGUCCUUUGUUGAAGGCUACGGCGAUCCCUUUUCCAGCGAUAUGACUGCUGCUCUUGUCGACUACGAUGAAAAGAACCAACGCUUUGCAACACAGAUGUUCAAUUCGUUAUGGAAACGACGCAUCGCGUACAUGCGCGAGGUCGAGAAAUCAGACCGCAAUCCUCCAGCUAUCUUCACCUUGGAUAUCUGUGCUGUUGACCCAGCAUAUUCGCGUCGCGGCAUUGCUACCAAGCUGGUCGAGGCCGGCCUUGCAGAGGCAAAGAAGAGGGGUAACUUGGAGUGCACAACAGAGGGUAGUGCUAUGGGGAGAGCCGUUUACAGGAGGUUAGGGUUCAAAGAUGAGGGUACAGGAGAUAUUGAGUGGGAGGUCGAUGAGGAGUUCAAGACCUGGGACAAGCCACCAAACGUCUUCUUGAGGACUGGUGCCUGA